AUGCGGAAGAAGGAGGAGCUCCCUUACGAAUCGAUCCACAGCGACCGUUUCGAGAUCAACUCCCAUCUUGACGGCACAUUUGCUGGCUCUUGCCCGGGGUCGUCUGCCGUGAGCUUCGUGGGAUGGCGACGACGUGGCUUGGCGGCAGGUGUCAGCGCCGGAGGGAGCAGCGUUGAGGGCGGCUCUACCUAUGAAAGGCAUUUCAACGUCACCCCCGUCACGGCGGAGUCCGUCACCGAAACUUCAAAGGCGGAGAUCUCAGCGGCGACACGGGCAUCCGUGAGAGAGAUUAGUGGCGGCAAUCAUGGUGAUCGAAGCGGCGCUGCUGAGAUGCCACUCAGCACCUCGUCACCGCCCGCCACCUACUCACUCGCGGAUGCGGAUAGGCAGAGCCGCUCUGCGCUUCCGGUACCGGAACGCAUCUCGGGGACUCCUCGCUGGCUAAGGCGGCCAUCGGUGAUGGGGGGCCGAGCCUCUAUCGUGAAGUCUCUGACGAAUGCCAGCGCGGUUUCACCGGUGGCGGCGGCUGAGUUCAUGAGGAGAGAAGAGGUACCGUUGUGCGCGCCAGCCGCCUCGCCAGCUCACUUGCCCACCACCGAUGCUUCAGUCGAGAGGCUGAGCGAGGUCGCACGCUUCUGCGCGCUGGCAACACCGCCCGCACAUGCGAGCCCAUUACUCACUUCUUUGGCACUGCCAACGCAGAGGACGUACAGAGACCCUGCCGGACCCGCCGCAGCAUCGUCGCGUGGGUCGCAGUCCAGAGCGAUGGUGGCCAAUGCUCGCAGAGCUGCACCGACCCCUCUUGCGGGAGGGGCAGCAUCUACUUAUCCUACGACACGGGCGUCGUAUUCGCUCAGUGCUGUAUCGAAGCCGCUCGCACAGACGUACAUUGAACGCCACAAGAAGGCUACCGCUACCACCCCUGUCGGUAGAGCGUCGUCCUCGUCUCUGAGAGGACACGCGUACUUCCUGCCAACCUCUGCCGGACUCACUGUCUCAUUCGUGUCACCCAUCUGUCCAGGUCCGACUGCAGCCCCGACAGCGGAGGCAGUGGUAGUAGACCCUCCUUCAGAGACGGCGGCCGAAGCGCCAGAUGCCGCUACACCUGCUGUCAAACCUGCCGAAGUGAAACCCCACGGCAAAGCGCCAUGCUUCCCGGUGCGAGGCGCCUUCGAAGAUAGGUCCGAUCCGCGAGAUUCACAACCGCAGUUUCAGCCGGCAGGAGUCAAGGCUGGCCGCCCGAGCACGGUGGAGUUGAGCAAGGUAGCAGCAUCGUGUAUGACGUCAGUUGUGGUGGAGCCUGAGCUACGCUACAAUACAAUCGAGACCCCCAACGUCUCUGCCUCCUGCCCCCGAGCAGUUCUUCACGAUAGACUAGCGAGCGCGAUACGAGCUGCGCGCGGCAUGAGGCAGAACCGCACCGUGGGCAGGCUCUCUGCUGAAGGUGUGGCCGGAGCGGCUGGAAAAGUCGGCCUGUCCCCCUGCGCCGCCUCCUCCGUGCUGAGGAAGCGCAAGUGCUCUUCUGUGGGCCGCCUCUCUCGCGAAGGGCCUCUGUUUGGCGCUUCGCAGUCGAAAGGAGGUGGUACCCCUCAUUCCAGUGUUGGCGGGCUGCUUUACUGCACCACGGCCCUCACAGAGCUGCGCCGCCAGGAAGUGUUGCGUGACGAUUUGGCCGGAGAGCGCAAGGCUGCCGAGGAGGCGCGGGCUUGGGUCGCGGUUGUUAAGCAGUCAACGGUGUGUAGGCUCAACGUUUCAGGCGCCCACGCUGUAGAGGCGGCAUCGUCGGUCCGUGCCGUAACAGUCUCUGCCGAGACUCGGCCGUUGUUGUCGCAGGACACAUCGCAGCACGUCUUGCAGAGCCGGUGGCGCGUGCCGGCGGUGACACAGCCGAGUGUGUCGCCCAGGCGCGUGGCGGUGGCGAGUCCUUUGUUCACUGCGCCAGCGGCACCGACAAGCUGUCUGUGCCUGUGCCUGCAGAACCCUAGGGUCCUUGUUGCGCAACGGUGCGAUGAGGGCGUCAACUCCACCUCUUCGAAAACUCAUACAACGAGCGCUAGCGUGCUGGCACUCACCGCUAGCACUCCUGCAGCUGACAUUGGCCGCAGCUUCUGUAGAGAGAUGACGCAAAGCCGGUCAUCACUCACCGGUACUGAGACUUUCGAGCACCCACAGUAGCCACUCGAAAACAGCCCAUUCUCGCGAAUCAUGUCUUACCUUCGGCCAACGGCAGUGUGCAGAGACCCUGCUGCGGCAGAGAACUCCAUCAGUAGCAGUCCAACAGCAAACGGAUGUGCUCGGCGAGCAGAGUGUCGGACGAGCAUCACAGCUGACCCUCUGCAGGCUGUUUCGAUGGAGACAGCGUUAGGUUUGCCCGAGCAGGCCGAAAAGCCAUCACCGUCACCCGAGGUUACUACAUUUCUUGAGCCUACUCCCGUCACAUCACCGUUUCCGCCACUGUCAAUAGCGGAUAAGACUCCGGUCAGCGCGGUUAUUGCCACAGGGCAACCGCGCCCUGCGCCGUUUUGUGUGGAAUGCAGUUAUCUGCACAUGGAUGACUUGGCCAAGUUCUGCGCGUUGUGUGGUCACAAGCGCGUGCACCUCUUCUACUAA